AUGUUGGUAAGGUGGCUAAGUUUAGUAGAGAGUUGGCGGACUAUAGUCAUCAUGAAGAUUGCUCUACUAAUUGUGGUGGAACAGUCCUUUUAUCUCCACACAAAGUUCCCUGAAGAAAACUAUACCAGUUAUAUCGCGGCUGGGUACGUUAAAGAUGUGGAAUCUUCAGGUGCUAGAGUUGUACCCAUCAUGAUUGGCAAAGAUCGCUCGUACUACCGGAGUCUUAUGGAAAAACUUAAUGGUGUAUUAUUCCCCGGUGGAGCAACAUACUUCAACCAAUCCAACGGGUAUGCGGACGCCGGUGAGCAUAUAAUGGCAAUUGCUAAAGAAAUGAACGACGCUGGUGACUAUUUCCCACUAUUCGGAACCUGCCUCGGGUUUGAGCUCUUCAUCAUUCUAGAAUCAGGACGAGGAUACCCAGAGAACAGAAUCCGGUGUUAUUCUUACGAUAAUCUGCCCCUAAAUUUUACAAAAGAUUUUCGAGAUAGCAAGAUGUUCAAAAAUGCCCCAAAGGAUAUUAUCUACUUGCUAAACCAUGAAAAUGUGACUGUCAAUGCUCACCAGUUUUGUAUUGUAGACGAAAAUCUGAAGUCUCACAAUUUGACUAAGGACUGGCGAGUUACCUCCCAUUCAGAUGACUAUUACGGCGUAGAAUUCAUCGCUUCCAUUGAACAUACCAGGUAUCCAUUCUAUGGAGUCCAAUUUCAUCCAGAAAAAAGCUCUUUCGAAUGGAAGCUUAACAAGCACUAUCCAAGUACAGCAGAGGCUAUCAAGUCUAACCGAUAUUUUAUGGAUUUCUUCGUGAAUGAAUGUAGAAAAAGUGCUCACAGUUUUAGAAACGCCGCAGAAGAAAAUCAAUACUUAAUUUAUAAUCAUAUGCCUCAUUUUACUGGAGUUUUGGGUAGCGCGUAUCAUCAAUGUUACUUAUUCGAGCCCAGAGGUACCGUAAAUAAGAGCGUUUAA